ACUGUUAUGUACAGACUUUAUGAGAAACUAGUCCGGCCGCGCGUGCCAAGUGCUCGGAUUUUGUGAGGUUUGUAGUACCCUCUGAAUUCCCAACAAAGGUUAAACGAUGGCGUUUCGCAGUGUUAUUACAAGGCCCUUGUGGCAUGCCGCUCGUGUUGGCAAAAGAUCUCCUCAAGUACUUGGUGGUUCAUGGCGAUUGUGUUCUGAGAAGUCGAGUCUUGAUGAGCCAGAUUUUGAAACUCACAGGGAUAAGAAGUUAUUUACCCCUGGCCCUCUUGGCGUCAGGUUUGAAACAAAGAGGGCCAUGCUGCGAGACCUUGGUUCACGUGACACAGAGUUUAUAGGGAUUGUGAAAACAAUUCGUUCAAGGCUCUUGGAAAUUGCUGGUGUUUCUCCUGAAGUAUACACUACUGUAUUACUUCAGGGUAGUGGAACAUAUGCUGUGGAGGCAGUUCUCACUACAACAACACCUAGAGAAGGAGGAAAAGUUUUUAUCAUUGAAUGUGGUUCCUAUGGCAAGAGAAUGAUGAAGAUUUGUGAAGUUGCAGGGAUAGAAACGGUUGUACUUCACGGAGCAGAGGAUUCUAAAGUCGAUGUAAAGCAAGUUGAAGAAAUCCUGAAAAGGGAUAAAUCCAUUACCAAUGUUGCCAUGGUGCACUGUGAAACCUCCACAGGGGUUAUACAUCCAGUUGGAGAAGUAGGAAAGCUGGUCAAAGAGCAUGCUCCAGGUGCAUCGUUUUUUGUUGAUGCCAUGAGCAGCUUUGGAGCAGUUCCACUCAAUUUAGAUCUAGCAAACAUUGACUUCAUGGUGAGCUCGGCUAACAAGUGUAUAGAAGGUGUUCCAGGUUUCUCCUUUGUAAUCGGCCAUAUUGAAUCCUUGAAGAAAUGCAAAGGAUGGGCGCGUAGUUUGUCUCUGGACAUUGUUGAUCAGUAUGAAGGACUGAACCAGAAUGGCCAGUUUAGGUUCACCCCAGCGACUCAUGCCAUGCUUGCUUUCCGACGGGCUUUGUCUGAGUUCAAGGCUGAGGGUGGAGUAGAUGGAAGAGCAAACAGAUACAUGGAGAAUUGCCACCUCCUUCAAGAUGGCAUGAGGAAAAUGGGUUUCAAGAAGUUUCUAGACAACACCCAUGAAGGGUACAUUAUUACUUCUUACUACAACCCCAAGCAUCCAAACUACAACUUUGAAGAGUUUUACAAUCGGCUAAACAGUAAGGACCAGGUCAUCUACCCAGGCAAAGUAAGCACUGCUGACUGCUUCAGAAUUGGCAACAUUGGAAAACUGUAUCCAGCUGAUAUGCAGCAUUUGUUGAAGUGCAUAUAAGAAGUGUUAGGUGACAUGGGAAUACCUGUCCCCCUAGAAGAAUAGACUGGUAGACCAGUUAAGUGUGGCAUUUUCUGGGGUGUGGUAUACAUAGGCCUUUUCUGAGUUAUAAAAUUCCUCACUUCCUGAAUUAGAUCAAGAGCAAAAUCUUGCAGGUGAUGAUAAGUCACAUUACAUUUUAUGAUGAAAAGCUUUGCACCUACCUUCAAAACAGAGGCUUUUUGCAUCUCAGAAAUGGCCCAUUUGUACAGAACUCGUAGAUUCAUCAUUCACACUUAUCAAAAAUAUUUUAUCAAAAACAUGCUAGCUCGAAAUAAUUUUGAAGUGCAAAUGAAAUCAAGGUUUUGAUAUAGUUGAUGGGGUCUGUGAUAAUAAUUUAAUUUUAAAAAUAGCCACCAGAUGUUGUAUGUUGUAAAACGAGAAAAUCUUCUGUUAUGAUAAUUAACACUAGAAUAAGUUAAAUCAGUUUUCUUUUUUGUUGUUUGCCAUAACCUUAGAUGUCAUACUUAAUGGCAUUCCCUUAAAAUAAUCCCAAAAAAUGGCAAAAAUUUAUUUGAAAAUGUUUUCUUUUUGAGAUAAUUCUUCAGAAAUAAAUAGGACAAGUUUACUUUUUCCCUCUUUUAGUGACAAUUCUACAUUACUGUGUAUGUCAUUUUGUAAGAAUAACAUUAUACAAGAUGUUUUUUUUUGGGGGGGGGCAGAGAGUGCUGUGAUUGCAUGAUUAUCAUUAGGGAAAGAGCAAAGAGCCUGUUUUAGAGAAGUGUUGGUAAUGCACUGGUCAUUGCAGUGGUACUACCCAUAUACUCCACUGACAAUUUUGAAAAAUUUGAUGGCUAAAAAGCAGGCAGAAGCAGCAUUAAAAUUAAUCAAUACAAACCAAUUAGCAACUGUCCAACAGAGGAAUUAGCUGAAUUACUUCUUAGAAAUAAAUCUGCAUAAAGAAACACUGACAGUAAGGGUAGUUUCCAAAAAUGAUCUUACUAUUGGUUAGAAGUGCAGAAAUAUUAACAAGGAUUAAAAUAAACUGUCAGUAGUCAUUUUUAGCAUAAAAAG